CGUUACUCCCAAACGCUAUCUUAGUCCAAAGUCAUACUUAUCGUGUACAAUCACUCAUUUUCCAUUUUACAAAGGAGAAUGGCGGCCAGAGUUCCCCGCAACUUCCGUCUUCUGGAAGAGCUGGAGAAAGGAGAGAAAGGCAUAGGUGAUGGCAGUUGUUCGUAUGGUCUUAUGGAUAGCGACGACAUAAUGAUGAGCAACUGGAAUGGAACAAUUCUUGGUCCAGGACACACUGUUCACGAAAAUCGUAUCUACAGUUUGAAGAUCCAUUGUGGUGACGAUUACCCCGAAAAGCCACCCACCGUUCACUUCCUCUCUCGUGUAAACCUUCCUUUUGUAUCUCCGAUCGACGGCAAGAUUGAUCCUUUGAGGCUCAAUGUGCUCUCUCAGUGGGGACGGGAUAGUAGUAUCGAGACUAUCCUCGUUGGUAUCAGAAGGGAGAUGGCGACAGCCAAUAAUAGGAAGCUUCCCCAGCCUCCAGAGGGGAGCACCUUCUAGAGUCAUUUUAUAAUUAGAAGAUGGACUAUCGACUGGUGGCUUGCAAUGUACAACACGAAUUAUACAAGACGAAUGCAGUGGACCUCAAUGACGAGGCAUUGAUAUCUACUGACGGGGCGAUAUAUGAUUUAUCAGAUCUAAAUUUGUCGAACCCUCUCACACUUUCAUACGCCGCUGCCAGUGCCUUCACUGGUUGCUAUGAAAGUAUAGGUAUUUAUCUUCAAUUUAAAGUUCACCCGUUCCCACUCAUAGGAUGUCAAGAAAGAGUACGCAAAAGUUGCUAGUAUUCUCACUAUUCA